AUGCGUAAGCCUCUCUCAUCCCAUGAAAACCGAAUCGAGGAACAAGAACCGGUCAAGUCUCUCACAUCACCCAACAAGCGUCGCUACCAACAAGAACCGGAUGAUGAUUCUAUUUCAUCCUCGACGAAGCGACGUCGAGUCCCGGAUGACCCAUCUUCGCCCAAGAACUGUUAUGAUGAACUUUCUGAUUAUGCACCAAACGUAUCCGCCCGUACGCGCACUGAACAUCUUAAACAGUUAUACGCUAUUUUGAAUGACGAGCUUCCAUAUCGCUCUACUUCCCGUUCUCAAAUCGAUUCGUUGGAUGAAGCCGUUGGUUUCAUUCGUUACCUCAAGAAAAAAGUUGGGGCAGGUAUCGAAGAAGCCAGCGAAUUGUGA